AUGGAUGCAUCAACAUUUGAGUAUGAAAGUUGGGAUACUUAUCAAGUUACACAGAUAACUUCUAACAACUCUUUAGCCCUCCAAGUUGACCCAUUGGAGUUUUAUGAUAAAGAGGAGGAUGCUUCUAUAAUGUACAAAAUUGUAGACGACAAAAAUGUUAAGGAGCCAAAGACUGGCAUGGUUUUUGGGUCUAGUGCCAAAGACAGACAGUAUGCCAAUCAAAGGGGAUUUGGUAUUGUUCAAAAAGGUUGUAAGAAAGAAGCAGAUGAGAUUGUCAAAUACGUCACAUUCGCUUGCGUUUAUCGAGAUUGCAAGGCGAAGAUCAACGCCCAAUUAAGCAUUGAUGGGAAGUGGUUUUUGACCACCAUUGUGCUUGAGCAUAAUCACGAUUUGAGUCCAGGAAAAGUAAGAAGUAGGCCAUCAUACGAGUAUUUUAGUGAUGUCAUUAUGUUUGAUACCAUGUACAUGACUAAUAGAUACAGAAUGCAAUUUGCUCCAUUUGUGGGGGUAAAUCAUCAUGGUCAAUCUAUGCUUUUGGGGGCGGGGUUGAUAUCCAGUGAGGAUAUAGAGACUUUUGUUUGGUUGUUUGAGAAGUGGUUGAAAUGCAUGAAUAACUGUGCACCCAAAGCAAUAAUAACCGAUCAAGACAGGACUAUGAAAUCAGCCAUAGCAAAAGUAUUUCCAUGUGCACGACAUAGAUUUUGUUUGUGGGACAUAAUGAAAAAUUUUUUCAAGAAGCUUCGGUCACUAGGGCAAUACCAUACUAUUAAGAGUGACAUUCAGACAGCAGUGUAUGAUUCUCAAACGUGUAUAGAGUUUGAACAAAAUUGGCAAAAUGUACUUAACGCUUACAAUCUUCAAGAGAAUGCCUGGUUGAGUUCGUUAUAUAACGAAUGGAUGCAUUGGGUCCCUGUAUAUGCCAAAGACACAUUUUGGGCUAGUAUGACAACUACACAGUGUAGUGAAAGUAUGAAUGCUUUCUUUGAUGACUAUGUACACUCGAGCACAACAUUGAAAGAAUUUGUCAACCAACUCGACAAUGCUCUGGGGAGGAAGGUUGAGAAUGAGGUCCAAGCAGAUUUCAGUUCUUUUAAUAGUGUAAUACCGUGCAUCACCCAUUACCCUAUUGAGAAGAAAUUUCAAGAUGUUUAUACCACUGUAAAAGUUAAAGAGGUACAGGAAGAAUUUAGAAGGAAGCUAUACUGUCAUUACAUGUUAUUUCAAACUGAAUGUGCCAUUUCUACCUACACAGUGACCAAUGAGGUGAAAAUUGAUGAUAAUUUUAUCAAGGAAGUCACUUUUUUUGUUUACUUCAAUGAAAAUAAGUGUGAGGUGAAGUGUACUUAUGGUUUGUUUGAGUUUAGGGGAAUUUUGUGUAGACAUUCAAUCACUGUUUUGACUAUAAGAAAAGUGACUUCACUACCACCUAUAUACAUACUCGAUAGAUGGAGGAAAGAUAUCAAGCGUAGAUAUUCUCUUAUUAAGAGUAGUUAUGAUGACUUGAGUAACAAUCCUACUGGACAAAGAUAUGAGAACAUGUUCAAAAAAUGGACGUGA